UGUGGAGCGUCGCAAAGCUGGGUCGCUGGGUCGCGCCGUGGCUGCUGCACAUAGCAACAUAAACUACGCAUUUCAACAUGACACUGAAAACGAAGAGGAGUCAGGUCACUGCAGGGUUUACUAUUGACAAUUUCCCCAGGAAACAAAUUAAUAAAUGAUUUCUAGUCGCUUAGUUAGAUAGUCAGCAGGUUUGUGCCGCGGUUAUUCCUUUUAAAUUAGCCAGCUGUUGCUAGCUAGCUAUCGAAAGUAGCUAACCUGUUAGCCAUAGAAUAGAGAUUAUAUAAAAAUAAAACACAAACAGGCGAAAAUGGCAGGGUCACCACCUUUAUCGGGCGUUAAUGUUGUUCUCGUCAUGGCCUAUGGAAGUUUGGUGUUUGUGCUGCUGUUCAUCUUCGUCAAGAGGCAGAUCAUGCGUUUUGCCAUGAGGUCCCGCCGGGGUCCCCAUGCCCCUAUCGGGCACAAUGCACCCAAGGGUUUGAGGGAAGAGAUCGACUCCCGACUUUCCAAAGUCCAGGAGAUCCGCUUCGAGCCUCGUCUCCUCUCAGAAGAAGAUGAUAGGCUAAAACAUGGAACGCAGAUUAGUUGUUACAACUAUCUGUACAGAAUGAAGGCUCUGGACGCCAUCCGAGACUCAGGAAUUCCUCUGCAGGAGAUAAGCCGGGGUCCCAGUGCGUUCACGGGACGCAACUUCAGGAACUGGCUGCUGGAGCUGAGGAACUCCCACUCUCUGAUCAAAAGCAGCCGCAGCGCUCUCAUUGACAGCCUGCUGGAGGGCUAUGACAGCGCUCGCCAUGGGACUGGGGUGUGUGUGUGUGUGUGUGUGUGUGUGUGUGUGUGUGUGUGUGUGUGUGUGUGUGUGUGUGUGUGCACAUGUAUGUGCAGGUGUUCAGGGUCUGCACAAUCAACUGUUUGGGGAAAAAUAAUUUUAAGAGCUUGCACCUUUUUGUUUAGGAGGUUAGGUCAGGUAUUGGAGAAGAACCUUUAAUUAUGUUCAGACAGGACCUCAUGUAAGCGUCAGCAUGUAAUCCCCAUCGUUUAUUCAUGUACACAUGUGUAAAAGUAAGUCAGGUUCAGUGUUAGAGCAGUUCACAUUGCAAUCACAAGAGUUUUUUUCUGUUAUUGUUAUGCAGCUCUAAUGUGCACAUGGUUUACAUCACACCUGCUGCUCUUAUUUUGGACCUAUUGAGCUUGUUCUGAAGACAAAUGUGAUUGUAGCUCCACCUGGCCAGUCUGUUUUUCAUUUAUCAUCUGCUGAUUUUUAUAAAACCAACGACGUGGGUAAGAGUUGGCCUUGUCUCAAUUUAUUUUCAUAUUCAAAUCAGAGUUGCUAAUGCAAAUUUACCUUUUGCUUCACUGCGUGUUUGUACAGUUGCAAAAUGUUAUUUAUAUGGAAUAUGAUGACCUAUUUAAUUUAUACUGUGUGAUUUGUAUUUUUGUGAGGUAACACAUAUGUGAGAUAAACUGUAAAGCCCAUGAUCA